AUGGUGCAUAAAGUAGCAGUGAUCGGGGCCGGCCCCAGUGGUCUCACCAGCGUUAAAGCUUGUCUGGAUGAGGGCAUGGUGCCAACCUGUUUUGAAAGCAGCGAUGAUAUGGGUGGACUGUGGAAGUUCAAGGAAGUGUCAGAGCCAAACAGAGCCAGCAUCUACCGUUCCCUCACGAUCAACAUUUCCAAAGAGAUGAUGUGCUACAGUGACUUCCCCAUCCCUGCUGAUUACCCUAACUACAUGCACCACUCUAAAAUCCUGAAAUACUUCAGGAUGUAUGCAGAACACUUUAAACUGCUGCAGCACAUUCACUUCCAGACCUCGGUUAAGAGUGUCAGACAGAGGCCGGAUUUUACCCGCACUGGUCAGUGGGAAGUGGUGACAGAGAACAGAGAUGGACAGGAGGAGCGUCAUGUGUUCGAUGCAGUGAUCUGCUGCGCGGGACACUACACCUAUCCCAACCUGCCACUUAAAGACUUCCCAGGAAUUGAGACAUUUGAGGGGAAGUAUUUCCACAGCUGGGAUUACAAGGGACCUGAGGACAUGUACGGGAAGAGGGUGGUGGUCAUCGGCAUCGGUAACUCCGGAGGUGACAUCGCAACAGAGGGCAGCAGAGUAGCUGAAGAGAUGUACAUGAGCACUCGUCGCGGUGCUUGGGUCAUCCGACAGGUUUCUGACAAUGGCAUGCCCGUGGACAUGAAGUACAACACGCGUUUCGUCCACAUCUUGUUCCAGCUGUUGCCGAUCAAUGUCCUCAACUGGAUUGGCGAGGGCAAAAUCAAUGCCAUGUAUGACCACACCAUGUACGCCCUCAAACCCACACACAGGCUCUUUAGUCAGAUCCCAGUGAUCAACGAUGAUCUGCCCAUGAAGAUCCUGUCCGGAGCGGUCACUGUCAAGCCGAAUGUGAAGGAGAUACGUGGCUCCACCGUGGUGUUUGAUGAUGGUACUUUUGUUGAAAAGGUGGAUAUAAUUGUGUUCGCGACAGGAUACAACUACGAUUUCCCCUUCUUGCCAAGCAGUGCUUUGUACAAGUCAGGGCACCGUGUGGGUCUGUACAAGCACAUUUACCCUCCUACCUUGGAGCAUUCAACUCUGGCUGUUGUGGGUUUCAUCCAUGCCCUUGGAGCCAUCAUGCCCCAGGCCGAAAUGCAAGCCCGCUGGGUCGCACGUGUCUUCAAAGGACAUAAGAAGUUGCCCUCAAACCAGGCCAUGAUCAAGGCUGUUGAGAGGGACACCAAAGACAUUGAGAAAAACUUUAUUGUAUCAAAGUUGACACCCCUGCAAGUGGACUUUGUUGACUACAUGGACGACUUAGCUGGAGAGAUUGGAGCGUACCCAAGUCUCCUCUGGCUCUUCUUCACCGACUAUCCUCUGUUUAAGAGGCUCCUCUGGGGACCCGUCACAUCCUACCAAUACCGCUUGAUGGGGCCAGGGAAAUGGGAAGGGGCCCGCAGAGCAAUCUUCACCCAGUUAGACCGCAUGUACCAGCCCCUGAAAACCAGAAAGCUGAUGGAGCAUGAGCCGUCCACCACCGGCCGCCUGUUUAAGCUGAGCCUGACCCUCAUGGUGGGAGGAGCCACUGCCUACUACGUCCAUGUGCACCACCCGACUGCUCUGCCCAACCUGCUGUCCAAGCUCCAUCUAAAGAUGGUCUAA